GCACCGCGCACCUCACACCGCGCACCUCGCACCCCGCCGGGCCCCAGGCCCACCAGGCCUCCUGCACGGGGUGCGCCGCACGGAGUGCACCUGCAGUGCACCAGACGGAGUGCGGCCACUGCGGCUCAGCAGCGCGUUCGGCAGGCCCUGCUGGCGUUGGCGGUGGUUGGCGGACGUUUGCGGCGGUCCGCGGUGCGUUCGUGGGCCAUGCGGUGCGACCCCGCGGGCCAUGGCGCUGCUGGAAUCGUGCUGCUGCUGGCGCUCCGUGCGCAGGGGCAGCUACGCCAGCGCCAUCUACACCAUGGUGUACUUCUCGCUGACGACGCUGGUGGUGGGCUGCUACCUGUACGAGGAGCAGGUGGUGAUGACGGCCACCAACUCGACGCGGUCUGGGGGCUCGGGCGGCACCACCGUCAGCCUGCUGCAGCCGGACGCCGCGUCCGAGGCGGCCGUCGCCUUCAGCGUGGUGGUGCUGGUGUGCUCCACGUGCGGGCUGCUCAGCACCGUGCUGCUCCUCGUCGGCCUCCGACUGGACAACCGGAUGCUGCUGCUGCCCUGGAUGGUCGUGGUGACCGUGACCGGCGUGGUGGACGUGACGCACAUCACGCACGUCCUCAUCACCGAGGCAAACUUCAAACCCGAAGUCGCCAUGCUCUUCACAGUUGACUUUUUCCUGCUCAGCCUAAAUGUGUACUCCCUGCUGUGCGUGGUGUCGCAGUACCAGGAGUACAAGGCCGGCAGAGGGCGGGCCGUGGACGACGACAACCUCCUGAGGUUCGCCCCCGUGCGGUACCUGGCGCAGCCCACCGCCACGAGUGGGCUGAGCACGCGGCGCGGCACGCACACCACGGUGCACGACGCGCACAGCCCGUCCGGCGACGCGCGUGACGCCAACGGCGCCAACGGCGCCCUGGACGCCGCCCCCUUCAGCGCCAACGGCGGCCACGGCGUGGACAACGGCGGCACGGCUGUGCGCCUGGUGGUGCCGCCGCCGCCGUACUCCAGGAGGCCGCCGGGCUCGGGCAGCUCGGGCAUCCCGACGACGCAGGGCAGCACCCGGAAGCACGUGCAGUUCCCCGACAUGUCCAACGCCAGGGUGGUCCUGGACGAGGACUCCAGCCAGGGGGACUCGCCCGGCACCGGAGUCGAGGACGGCAGCGCGGGACUGGAGUGGCCCAUCCCGCAGGACGAGAAGGCCCUGCUCAGCUACCACUGAGAGGAAAAAAACACUUGGACUUUUGUUUGAUGGCUAGUGAGGGUCAUACCCAUGCAAUUAUAAGUGAAUGGCAUCAGGGUGAUGCGAGAAGAAUUCACCCAAACUGAUUUCUUAAAUCAAGAACGUUAUCAUCAGAGCACAGCAUUGUGCAUUGAUGGGACAAACAUGUUCAGGGUGAAGUGCUGGCCGCGUGCUUUGGGUGGAAAGUGUGUAGUGUCUCGCGUUGCGUUGUUGGACAGCUAGUGACACAAUUACAUUGAUAAAUGUAUAAACAAAUUAUAGAAAUAAAUUAGAUGUUACAAAUUUAUGCUAAGGUGGUGUGCAACAUGGGAACACCAAUGUCGUCUGUGAUGUCUGUGGGAGAGCGGUUCGGGGAACACUGAGCUUGGAGCUGCAUGAGCCCAUGUUGUUGGCAAUGCUGUUGGAUUGUACCUGUUAUAAUAAUAAAUAAUAACCCAACAUAAA